AAUGUGCGUUACUUUCAAAGAGUGAAAUCAUAUCACUUACAAAUAACUUAUAUAAUGUCAACAACACAACCAACCGAUGUGCAGUAUCUACGUUGCCUCAAAUGCCUCAAGAUAGUCAAAUGCUCUCGCUAUGAUACCAGUUGUCUGGUGCGUCACGUGCAGAAGGAUCAUCCAGAGAUGCUUGACGAUACUAACGAUAAGGUGACAAAGCUACACAAGUUGGCCGCCGAUCAUGGCAUAAGCCAGGAACGUGUCUCGGAGAUUAGCAGAAUGACAGGGUUGUCAGAGGAGGAACUGGCCGACAAAGCUGAACGCUAUUUGGAGCGUAAACAGCGCAGCAGCAGCCAAAAGGACGCUAACGGGGAUAAAAAAUUUGAGAAGUCGUCGAAAUCGAAAAGGCCGAAGGCGGCUGACUCUCAGGAGAAAAAUCGACGUCAAUACUAUCGCUGCUCCAUUGAACGCUGGAUUCCCGUCGAGGGCUGCAUUUAUUGUCCCAACUGUGGCUGCAAGCGCAGACCACUGAUCAUGACUAGUUCUGAGUUCUAUGCGAGCACCGACUGCUCCUCUUGCUGUGUGUCCAGUUUUUGGCCUUUUUGCUUUUUGCCUUGCUUCAGCACGGGCGACAAUCGUGAAUAUCUCCACUGCUCCAAUUGCAAGACUUUCCUGGCCAUUUACGAUCGCGAGCGGAAUUGCAUACGCCCCAAUAGCAAAUUUGUGGGCAAUUAGGUCAACUUAAAGGAUUCAUCCCAAAAUUUAAUAGAUUGGAUAUAUGCGCAAAUUCGUUUCAAAUAUAUAUUUAUAAAGUGCACAUCAAAA